UUGUUUCCUUAUAACAUUUAAAUAUCUCUCUCAACUGUUACUUUUUCGGCAUGCCCUCAUCUCAGACCAUAUUAUUUGUCGAAUUGUAGCAGUUUUUGCGAUUCAAUCUCAGGGGAUGGAUCGAGCCAGCGCCGAGGUGGAGGCUCCACUGCUUUCGAAUCACAACUCUCGAACGAGGGAGAACCGGUGGGUGAUAUGGAGGGCAGUGUUCAAUGUGUCCACUACUAUUAUUGGUGCAGGAAUUAUGUCAAUCCCAGCUACUUUAAAGGUCCUAGGUGUUGUUCCCGCAUUCGUCUUGAUUGUUCUGGUAGCUUUGUUAGUAGACAUAACGGUAAAUUUCAUGUUGAGGGCAACAUAUGCUGGCCAGUCGACUACGUACGCUGGAUUGAUGAAAGAGAACUUUGGAAAGAUUGGUUCUUUGGCAGUACAAAUUUGUGUAAUGAUCACUACUCUUGGUUGCUUGAUCAUGUACCUAAUUAUUAUUGGAGACGUCUUUUCUGGAAAAGGGGAACACCUUGGUGUCCUUCAAGAAUGGUUUGGGAUUCAUUGGUGGAAUUCUCGUUAUCUAUCGAUCCUUCUCACUGUCUUGCUUGUUGUGCUUCCUCUAGUCCUAUACCGUCGUGUAGAAUCAUUAUGGCUCAGUUCAGCAAUAGCAAUUAUCCUAGCAGUUGUAUUUGUUGGUAUAUGUUCUGUAAUGGCAAUCAUUGCAAUCGUAAAAGGGCAAAUAGUAAAGCCAAGAAUGCUGCCGGAGUUGAAUACUACUUCUUCCUUCUUUAAUCUCUUCACCGCCAUCCCAGUCAUCGUAACAGCUUUUGCAUUUCACUUCAAUGUCCAUCCGAUUGAAAUUGAGCUGGGGAUACCUGGAGCUAUGACUAGUGCUGUUAAAAUUUCACUAGUAGUUUGUUCAGUCAUCUAUGCCUCAAUUGGAAUUUUCGGGUACCUUCUAUUUGGAGAUUCAAUCAAUGCAGAUAUACUUGUAAAUUUUGAUACGUCGUCCUCUGGUGCCAUAACAAUCAGUCCCAUUCUAAAUGACAUUGUUCGUUUGAGCUAUGCACUUCACCUAAUGCUGGUAUUUCCUCUCUUAAAUUUCUCCCUGAGAGCCAACAUUGACGAACUUAUAUUCCCUAAGAAGGAAUUACUAGCAACUGACACCAAAAGAUUCAUGUUUCUUACACUGAUAUUGUUAGCCAUCUCAUAUAUAGUCGCCAUUGCUAUACCAUCAGUAUGGUACAUUUACCAGUUCAUGGGAUCAACUACAAAUGUUUGUCUCGCCUUCAUAUUUCCAGGUGCAAUUGCUCUAAGAGAUGUCCAUGGUUUAUCUUCAAGAAAAGACAGGAUCAUCGCGGUAGUCAUGAUUGUUUUAGCUGUUGUGACGAGUGUUAUAACUAUCGCUGCCAACAUCUACAAUAUGAUUACUGGAGAAAGUUCAUAAAUUUAUGCCAUGCAUCUUACUUAGACCUUUUGGAUUUUCAAUUUCUAUUUGUGUUUUGUUGUGCAAUAUUUGCUAGUUCCAAUAAUAUCGUUGUGAAUACAAAAUUUAGUCAUAUUCCUAAAUCAA